GAUUCAAAGCUUAACCUCCCAACUAAAGCCAAGAACAUUCCUCACGCUAAUUGGGCUGGUUAGCUCUUUCGACUCGGUCACGUCACCAUAAAAAAUGAACUUCUACUGCAAGCAUUAUAUAUUUGCGCUCUCCUUCGUCACCUCGGAUUAAGUUCCAUAGCUUUGCUAAAAUAUCUUGUAUGCUAUUUAUCAAACAGGUGGUGAUCUUUUUUUAAGGAUUAAAAGGAAAAGCCUUGGGAACUGAAAAAGGAGGCAACAAAUUAUGGUAGACACCAUGGGCUGUUGUGGAUUACGACAAGCACAUUGCCAUCGCCAUGACCCUCAAAAAUACAUUAUCCGAGGAGAAAUUGAGAUCGAUCGCAGUCCUUGGUUCUCUCUCUGUGCCUCUGGAUCAUCUGUUGUUUUUCGGCUUUACAGCCAAGACAACAUGGAUCCAACCACGAGAAAAGGGGUUGAAAGUGAGAAUGCAUACGUAAUGAAGGGGAAAGAGCUAGAAAGGAAAAAACAUGAAGUCUUAAGCAUGAAGGUGCCAAUAAAAGUGAUCAAAUUCGAAUUGAAGUUCGAGGUGACGCGAGAUUUCGGGAUUCCAGGGGCUUUUGUUGUUGAAAAUAGAGAUAAGAAGCAUGAGUUUUUCCUAAAAUCCGUCACAUUACAUUACAUUAAGCAUCCAGAUCUCGAGGAACGAAAGUUUCAUUUCUAUUGCCGUUCUUGGGUUUACCCCAUUACCAAGACCGGAUUUAAACGGAUUUUCUUCUCAGAUCAAUUAUAUCUUCCGAAGGAAACACCAAAGGGUUUAGUAGAAUUGAGAAAAAAAGAACUUCUGAAACUACAAGCCCCAAGACUAAAGGGUGAAUGGAACCCAUGGGAUCGAAUUUAUGAUUAUGAUGUCUAUAACGAUCUUCGAGAUCCUGAAAAGGGUCGAUCGUAUGAUAGACCUGUGUUGGGUGAUUCCACUAAAUUUCCAUACCCACGUCGGUUGAAAACGAGCCACCUUAAUUGCCAACACGUAGACCAUUCAAGGGAGUCUGGACCAGCAAGGUGCUUCCAGUUUUAUGUUCCACCAGAUGAGCGAAUGAGCAAUGAAAAGCUACAAGAACUGAAAAACAACUUUGUCGAGGCACUUAUUCGAUUUCUUGCGCCGGAAUCAACGCCCCCACACUUGUGGGAUCAAGAAUGUCCCGACUUCGUCACCAAAGUUGCACAUUUCUUUGUACCCAAGGCAGCGAUAUCGAAGAAAGAUGUUAGAUUCAUUCGAUCCAUAAUAGAUUUCUGUAGAAAGCUAAAAUUACCAUCUUCUCAUGGAGGUCCCAACAGGUCAGAUCCAAGUGAGGAACAAGACAUUUUUGAAGACAUUAUAGGCUUUUAUGCAGACAAAGAAGUGGAAGAACUGGACGAUUCGGACAAGCAGCGGCUGGAAAAAUUGGUACCCAAGGAAAUUCUUGAUCAAGUUGUUGCCACUCUUGCUCUCAAAAGACAACAUGUCAGUGCUCAAUUGCCUUCAAUUAUAGCAGAGGAAAAAUUCGCUGCUUUUGCGGAAGAGGAGUUUGGUCGUCAAAUGCUUGCAGGAACAAAUCCUGUUCGAAUCCGGCGCUUGAAGGAGGAGGAUAUGGAAAUUUUUCAGGAAAGGUACCCGGGUAUUGAACUCAAAGAUCUUGAAAGUCUUCUGAAAGAGCCAAUGGAAGCCAAUAGGGCAUUCAUCUUGGACCACAAUUACUUUGAGCAAUUUUUGAAAAUGAUAAACGGGAAAGGUGUUUGCGCUUACGCAACUCGAACGAUACUAAUAGCAGAUGAAUCAUCCUAUGAAACGAUUAUACCAGUAGCAAUAGAACUAAGCUUGCCUGAAGACUCUGAUGGUGGCCGCAGCAAGUUCCUUGUUGAAGCAAAUUGUUCCCCAGUUUUAUGGGAGUUAGCAAAAUUUCACGUUGCAUCCAACGAUGCAGCUUACCACCAGUUAGUUAGCCAUUGGUUGCAUACACAUGCAGUAGUUGAGCCAUUCAUAAUUGCGACGAGAAGACGGUUGAGCGUAAUACAUCCAAUCCAUAGGCUAUUGGAUCCUCAUUUCAAAGACACACUGCAUAUAAAUGCAUUGGCUCGAGCCAUCUUCCUUAAUGCUGGAGGGAUUCUGGAGACUCUUCUUUUUACUGGUGAAUACUCCAUGGAAUUGUCUUCUUACUUGUAUAAAGAAUGGAGAUUUGAUAAGCAGGCCCUUCCUGAAGACCUUCUCGAAAGAGGUAUGGCGAAACCCAGAGUCAGAGAUGAGGUUGUGUCGGGGCUAAUGGAGCAUGUCGAGAGAGACAAAUCAAGCAACAAGGCGGCGACAGGUGCAGAACAGAAGAAGUUUGAGGUUGACGCUGAGGUGGAGCUCGUUUUAGAAGACUAUCCCUAUGCAAAAGAUGGAAUUGAGAUAUGGACCGCCAUUGAAACAUGGGUGACAGAAUACUGCAAUAUUUUCUACCAUAACGACAAUGAUGUGAAGGAAGAUGAGGAAAUCCAAGAAUGGUGGAAUGAAAUCCAAACAGAAGGACAUGCAGAUCGAAAGGAGGGAUGGUACGACAUUAAUACAUUCGAAAGCCUCGUAAAAGCUCUGACAACUCUCAUAUGGAUCACUUCAGGACUGCAUGCAGCAGUGAACUUCGGACAGUAUGGAUACGGGGGUUGGCCACCAAAUCGUCCCAUGUUAUUGAGAAAAUUCCUCCCAAAAGAGGAAGAAAUGGAAGGAAAGCAUAUCAUGAAGUUCGUGGAGGAGAUGUUGCCUGAUAAGUUCCAAAUGAAGUUGGCAAUUGCGGUAAUGGAUCUUCUGUCACGACAUACAUCAGAUGAGGUUUAUUUGGGUCAAACAUCACCCCAAAAAGAGCGGCCAUUUAUUGAGGAUCAUGAGUCUAUAAUUCAGAAAAAGUUCCAAGAAUUCAGGGAAAACCUUGAAGCAAUAGAGCGAAAUAUAAACGAAAGGAAUAAAGAAUAUCUUUUAAUGAAUAGGUGGGGAUAUGCAAAGAUUCCGUACAAGCUCUUGUACCCUGAUACAUCAAAAUCCAUGCGUCCAACAUCUAAGGAGAAAGGGAAAUAUCAUCCUGAGAAGACGGAUAUUAAUGAAAGGGGAAUCCCUAACAGUAUUUCCAUUUAAUUUUCUCGGCUAUUUUACCCAUCUUAUAAUUUUUUUUAAUAUUUAUAAAAAUAAUCAUAAUUCAAAAA